CUUAAUCCUAUGGGUUGCUUUUGUUCUCGAUCACUAGUAAAAUAGCUGUGACAUUGUGCGGUAAAAUUAAGGUGGUUCGUCACUAUGGAGUGCGGCGUCGAUAAUGAUUUAAGUCAUAUCAGGAUUGAUAGGCCCUAUUAUGAACACAAACAACUCAGGGAGGAUUUUUGUUAUGAGAGACCGAAAAAGACAAAUGCAGCAAAAGAAUGGUCACAAGGUUUCAGAAUGAAAAAAGCCUUAAUGGGUGCAAUACCCAUAUUAGAUUGGUUGCCCAAAUAUAGUUGGAAAAGGGAUUUCGUUAAGGACAUAAUUUCCGGAUUUACAGUCGCUGUUAUGCAUAUCCCACAAGGUAUGGCGUACGCAAUAUUAGGAAACGUCCCUGCAGUGGUCGGUUUGUACAUGGCCUUUUUUCCGGUAUUGGUUUACUUCAUUUUUGGAACCUCCAGACAUAAUUCAAUGGGCACAUUUUCCAUAGCUUGUCUAAUGACAGGCAAAGCGGUAGUACAAUACAGCGACCCAGCUUACUUCCCAAGUACAAGUACUAGUGGUGACAAUUCUACUGCUUUGGAACCUACAGGACUAGCUCCUAUUCAAGUAGCUACAGCUGUAACUUUUGUUGUUGCAAUUAUUCAGAUUGCCAUGUACCUUCUCAGAUUAGGUGCGGUCAGUGCUCUGCUUUCAGAAACCCUUGUCAGUGGUUUCACAACAGGGGCAGCUAUCCAAGUAUUGAUUUCGCAAAUCAAGGACUUACUGGGCCUGAGCAUUCCGAAGUUCAAAGGCAAUUUUUCGGCUGUUUAUACCGUUAUUGCUUGUUUUGAAGCUUUAGGAAACCUCAACUUGGCAGCCUUAAUAAUAUCGUUUAUAACUAUUACAAUAUCAGCAAUUAACAACGACUAUUUUAAGCCACUUCUAUCUAGAAUUUGUCCUAUCGGUUUUCCAAUGGAAUUGGUAGCUGUGGUGGUAGGCUCUGUUGUGUCAAGGUAUUUCCAAUUAGAGGAAAAGUAUGGCGUGAGGGUUGUUGGAGACAUACCAGUAGGACUCCCUGUGCCCACACUACCGAUAUUUGACAUCAUGCCUAGCCUGAUAGUUGAUGGUAUUACAAUAGCUAUUGUAUCAUAUACCAUAAACCUAUCCAUGGCGUUUAUUUUCGCUCAAAAGCUGGACUAUGAAGUAGACGCCAACCAAGAGCUUCUUGCCAUGGGUCUAAGCAAUGUUUUUGGAUCAUUCUUUUCAUGCAUGCCAGUUUGUGCCUCCCUAUCCAGAUCUCUAAUCCAACAAGUCGUUGGCGGCGUAACCCAAAUAGCCUCAGUUGUAUCCAGCCUAAUUUUGCUAGUGAUUUUAUUAUGGAUUGGGCCGUUUUUUGAGUCUCUUCCAAAAGCGGUCUUAGCAAGUGUCAUAGUAGUGGCUCUCAAGGGUAUGUUUAUGCAAGCCUUGGACGUCUGGAAAUUUUGGAAACUGAGCAAAAUCGAUGCGCUGGUAUGGAUGGGCACGUUCCUUACGACGUGUUCUGUUGGUGUCGAUAUUGGACUGUUCUGCGGCAUUGCUCUUUCACUAGGAUCAGUAUUUCUACUCAGUUUCAGACCACAUACGUGUCUUCUUGGUAGAGUACCAAACACAGACUUUUAUUUGGAUUUGACCAGAUAUAAAGCGGCAAAAGAAAUUGAUGGUGUUAAAAUCUUUCACUUUUCUGGAGGCAUUAAUUUUGCUACAAAGUCAAUGUUCAAAGCAGAUCUUAUACGUCUUGUUGGAAUAAACCCUCAAAAGGAAGUCGUCUAUAGAACAAAGCUUGCUAAAUAUUUAGGAAAGAUUGAAGUAAAGCAAGAAAAAUCUGUAAAUUUAUCCAACAAACUUCAAAAAGUUCAAGGCAAAGUGAACACUCAACUAAGAUGUCUUAUACUGGACUUUUCUGCAGUUAGCCAUAUUGAUCCCUCGGGCGUAUCGAUGAUAAAGUCAAUUAGCGAAAGCUUUACAAAGUUAGAUAUUCCUGUAUAUCUAGCUAGCUGUAGAGAGCCCAUCUACGAAAUGAUAAUGAAAGUUUAUCCAGAAAAUAAUAUAAAAUCUGGAUUUAGAACCUAUCCCACGGUUCACGAUGCUGUACAUUAUCUUACGGAAUUGUUCGAGACGAGUAGUAACUCGACCAUAUCUACAAUAAGAUUAUAGCACCUAGUAUUGUUUUAUUUAAGCGUAUCAGCGAUAUGAUGCUUGUUUGUAAAUAAUGUAAAUAAAAAUGGAAUUAAUUUAAGUAAAAGUU